AUGAGUAAGUUGUGCAUUUUGGUGGUUUUGGCUCUUGCUGUAGUUGCAACAAGUGCCAGAAAUGUGCCUGCUGGAGAGGGUGGUUUGAAGGACGAGAAGACCUUCGGUGAGUUUGGUGGUUUUCCAGGAAUGGGUAGCAAUGGUUUCCCUUUUGGAGGUUUAGGCACUGACGGUGGUGGUGGACUUGGAGGAACAAGAGGUGGUGGCGGUGGACUGGAUGGAAUAGGAGGUGGCAGUGGUGGACUCGGCGGAAUAAACAAUGGUGGCCUCGGUGGAAUGGGAGGUGAUGGACUCGGUGGUGGUGGCCUCGGUGGAACAGGAAGUGAUGGACCCGGAGGAUUCGGCGGGCCAGGCGGUGGUGGACAGGGUGGACCCAGCGGUGGGGGACUUGGAGAUUCUGGUGGUGGUGUCUUUCCUCAUCCUUGA